AUGAGCUUGACACCCUCGCGCUCGCAGACCAACGGCUUCCAUCCGCGCGGCGCCGGCGCUCUGUCGAAUGGGUACCAUGGCGCUGCUCGCAGGACGGCGAGCAUGACCCGUGAUGCGGCCGGCGGCGGAAGUCUUGGCGCUGCUUCCGUGGCCGAGGGGGCGGACGAGGAGGAUGCCAUACAUGCGAUGUUGAGGGAGAAGUGGGCGGAGUCGGAGAACAGUAUCGCGAGGUUGUUUGGCGGUGGUGGGGAUGAGAGGAGGUCGAGUCUGCAGGCGAUGGAGAAGGAUGUCGCUGCCGCCCCUCGCGCUGGUGGAGAGGAGCUCACCAAGACUCCUAUACCAUCUAAGAAAGCUGCGCGACAGAUCGAUGAUGACUAUGGGGAUGAUGAUGACGAAGAAGAGGAGCCGGCAGAGAAGCAGACUCCGGCAAAGGCAACGGGCAAAUCAGCCCUACCCAAUGGGACAUCACCACAUGCUGUCAGGUCACCCAUGCCCAAACCUGCGGCGACUCGCACAAAUACAGCAUCAUCCUCCGACCAGGUCAAAAGCUCGGAGGAUGUACGCAAGCAGCUAGAAGAGGACAAGAAGGCUGCUGCCGAUUCUGCUAAGCGGAGCUUCCAAUCGCUCUUCUAUACAUGGGAGAAUGAUCGCGAUGCUAUGCUAGAGCAACAGAAGCUUGACGAGCUGGAUCGCGAAGUCGAGAAUGAGAUGUCUGGCGAGCCCAAUGGCACUGCGAACUCAGAGCAGAAUGCCAAUGGCCCAACAUCGGCUCCCACCCAAGGCUCCCUCGGCAGUGCAGACCUCGGCGCAUCCAGUCUGACCCUCAAGCAUCUCAUCGCUCGCAUUGACGCAAAGCGAAAUAUGGUCAAGGCCUCUGACAAUCAGCUGCGUACACUAAUAUCGGAAGUCAGGAAAGGUCGGAGCAAGUGGGCCUCGGAAGACAAGGUCGGACAGGAGGAGCUAUACGAAGCAGCGGAGAAAGUCCUCAUGGAACUCAAAGCCAACACGGAGUAUGCGCAACCCUUCUUGCAGCGUGUGUCGAAACGCGAAGCACCGGACUACUUUACUGUCAUCAAGACCCCAAUGGACAUCGGUACUAUGAUCAAGAAGCUCAAGCAGCUUGCAUACAAAAGCAAGAAGGAGUUUGUUGAGGAUCUGAAUCUGAUCUGGGCGAAUUGCUUAAAGUACAACUCCAGCCCGGAGCACACUUUUAGGAAAAAAGCGCUUUAUAUGAGGAAGGAGACUGACAAGCUUACGCCACUCAUACCUGAGAUCGUGGUCAAGGAUCGCGCUGAAGUCGAAGCUGAGGAACGGCGACAGCAUUCCCUUGAUGCGGAUGAAAGUGACGAUGACGACGACGCGCCGUUGGCAUCAAGAGGAAGGAAGGCACCGAAGAAAGGGAGCAAAGGUGCGCCAUCUUCAGCACGCAAAGCACCGUCGGUGGCAGUCGACGAGGCUUCGGGGACGCCAGCGCCAGAUGUUAAGCCGGCAUUGCAUACGACAACAUCACAUCUAAAGCACGAAUUUCUGCGUGCCGAUUCGGAGGUGCACGAUGUUAGCUCUGCUGGCUUCACGACUCCACCACCUGGCACUUCGACACCUAUGGUUAAUGGUAAUCAUGCGAAUGGUGUGGGAGGCAGUCAGAUGGAUAUCAUGGAAGUCGAUGGGCUAGGCCACUCGGUGCUUAGUGCGCAAGACGACCCUGAUGAAGAUGACACCGAGUUCAAGGCGUGGAAACAAACCACGAUGAAAGAUCGCGCGACGGCCGCAGCUGAGCGCAAUCGCCUCUUCCACGGCGAUCGCAUCAAUACUGACGAGCCUGCGUUACUGCGAAGCAAAGCCGGCAUGCGAAGGUGGCAGCGGCAACAGAAGCUUAUCGCUCCAAAAACCGAUGUCUCUAAGCAGGACUCGCAGCAAGAGGCUGAUGAAAUCGAGCCUGUAGGCACAGGCGAGACUCUUGCUGAGGGUAUCGAGAAGGACGAAGAUUCAACGUUACCCGACUAUUACAACCCCAUCUCGGCCAUACCGGACUUGCAGGAGAAUUGGCGAUGGACCACUGAUUCGGACGGCAAUGUUGUCCCGCAAUCAGAGGAUUACAUGCGCAUGUAUCCGAAGAAUCAUUACAAGUCGUCAGACGGCACCUUCAAUCGGAAGAUGGAAGCGAAUAUGCGACAGAUGCAAGAGACACGGAAGAUCUGUUCUAAGAUCGGCCUGGUGAAGCAGAUGCAGCUGCAGGGUCAAACGUAUCAGAAUCAGUUUCAAAAGUACGAGCCGGCGCCGUUUGAGGAACAAGAUGUCGGUCCGGUCGUGGUGUCGGAAGUAGGAGCCCUGAUGUCUCCUUGGCUCAACCGCGCGGCGUUGCAGAGAUCUGUGGGCAAGAUCUUUUAUCAUGCUGGUUUCGAGGAUUUCCAGCCUUCGGCUCUCGACACGAUCACUGAUGUUGCUGGGGAGUACUUUGGCAAGAUGGUGGCGAACUUUAAGUGCUUCCGGGAACAGCCGAGGAGGGACGCGGACUCGAGUCGUUUUAGCUUCGAGGAACAGGUUUUGCAUUCGAUGCAUGAGCAGGGGCUGGAUUUGGAGGCGCUCGAGUCGUACGUUAAGGAUGAUGUUGAACGGCUGAGCACGAAGUUGGGGGUGGUGCAUGAGAGAAUGAAGGGCCACCUGGCGGAUCUGCUGCGACCCGCGCUUGGCGACCACGCCGGUGCCGAUGGCGUCGGUGCCUUCCAAGACGGCAGCGAGCAAUUCGUUGGGGGCGACUUCGCCGAAGACCUAGACGAGGACUUCUUCGGCUUCCGCGAACUUGGUCUGGCGGCUGAGUUCGGGCUGGAAAACCUCAGCGUGCCCUUGCAUCUGCUCCAGAACCGCAUGCACAAUGCCUAUCAAGCGCAACAUCAAGGUCCGGCCGUCAGUACUGGAUUGGUAUUCACGCCUCCCCCCGCCUACGACGCUGUCAGUAUGGAUACCCUGGGCAACCAGAUCGGACUGGUGCAGGACUUCUUCCGGGCGAGGCUAAGGGCUAAUCACGAUGAUCCGCUGGUCGAGGACGAGGAUCUGCCGCAGAAACAACGCUUUCCGAAGCCGAGACUGCCGCCUACGGGAAAGAUUUCGAGUCCGAGGAAGCGGCCGAUUCGGGAGCAGCAGCAGGCGGCGAAGAAGAAGCGGAAGUUGGAGGAAGGUGGUGGUGGUGGUGGUGGUGAGGAUAAGGAGAAGAGUGGUGGGGUUCAUGGGAAGCUGGGGAAGCCUAUCGGGGCGUUGAAGCUCAAGAUGCCGGAGCGGAAGUCGAUGGAUGCUGCGGAGCCGGAGAAGGAUGGUGGGGAGGUCAAUGGGGCGUUGAUCAGUCCGGAGAGUAUUGCUGGGAGCUAG